CGUGGUGGUGGUAUGGGGCGUCGCCGGGUUUGGGGGUUACGGUGGUGUCGGUGGUGGUGGUUUCGGGCAGGGAAAUAAGGGUUAGGGUUGUCGGAUUUGGGUGGGGAAGUGGAGGGGUUCGAUUCCGACGCCGGCCGCCGCAUCUUUGGGAGCUGGCCGCAGGCAGGGGGAGGGGGGAGGGUGGCUGACAGGGAGGGCUAGGGUUUUUUGGGUGGCUGGCUUUUAUUUUUUGUUUUAUUAUUUUUUUUUUAAUUUUCUUAAAUUUUUUUAAUAAACUUAACGGAAAUCCUAACGGAUUCCGUUAAGUGGUAGUGAUUUCAACAGUUAGUGUGUUUGUGUGGUAGUAAUAAAAAAUAAAAAAAUAAAGGGAUAGCAAAUGUGAACACGGGUGCUUUUCCUGAUAGUAAAUGUGAAAUUUUCCUAAAAAUGAUUUGAUUUCCGUAAAAAUAAUUUAAUUUCAAUAAAAACAAGGAAAAUACACUUUAAUAAUCCCAACUUUGCUCGAUUUACUUUAAAUAAUCCCAACUUUCGAUUAUUCUACAAUGAUCUCAACUUUCACCUGCAUAUUUUUUUUCUUCAAUCCCAAACAAGUCAACAAAAGUCAAUGACCUAAUAUUUUAGGUCACUUGACACGCGUCAAGUCGUAAGUGGUCCAAACAAAUAAAAUAAAAAUUAAAGAAAAAAUCAAUAAAAAAACUAGCCACCACCAGCCUACAACCACCGUUGGUGGCCAAUUCCAUCCACAACCAACCUCGAACCACCACCUCCCUUACCCCAGCCACCAAAAACUCCCCAAAAACCGUCCUUACACCGCAAAACCGACCCCCUCUACCUCUCCCCACCUCCUAAACCAGCCAUAGCCAAAACUCUUGCGUCGAAACCGCCGCCCAUAAAACCCAAAACCACCAUAACCAAAGCCCACAUCCCUGAAACCGUCCCUAUCCCCUCCCCCAACCCCGGAAACCACUUGUCACACCAAUCCUGACCAUCGAAAUCACCUCCCCAUCCCCGAAAUACAAAAACACAACCCUUUCUCUCUCCUAUAAUCGCCGGAAAUCGCAAUCAAAAGGAGUGACGAGAGGGUUUUUGGUGAGGGGAUGGUUUUCGGUAGGUCGAAAAAGUGGGUUUGGGUUUCGUUGGUGGUCGGGGUUCGUGGAUGGUUUGGGUUUUGUGGGUUGGUCGGGAUUUUCGGGGUUGGUGGGUUUCGUGAAUGAAAUUGGCAUUUCGGGGGUGGUCGGGAUUCGUGGGUGGUGGGAGUUUGUGGUGGCUGGGUUUCGUAGGCAGUGGCUUGGCUGUGGGUCUUGCCGGUUGGGGAAGUGCGGCCACCAGCGUUGGAUGGCAGGUGGUCUUUGGUUUUUUUUUAUUUUUUUUAAUUUUAUUAAUUUAAAUUUAUUUAUUUUUUGAACCAAUUAGAAAAGCGACACGUGACAUAUAAUUUUUUUUAAAUGUUAACCCUUUUUUCAGGUAACCGAUAAUCCGAAUUGAAGAAAGAAAACACAUAUGAAAGUUGGGAUCAUUGUAGAAUAAUCAAAAAUUGGAUUUAUUUAAAUUAAAUUGAGUAAAGUUGGGAUUAUUAAAGUGUAUUUUUCCUAAAAAUAUUUCAGUUUAACGUUAAAAACAAGUACUCAGGGAUUUCUGACGUUUACAAAGCCCAUCACCCUCCUCUACUCCUUUAUUGUACUCUGAGCUUUCUCUCCUCCAUCGAAUCAGCUUUUGAGGAACUUCUCAUCCUCACUUUCUUUGUCUACCACAAAAGCUCUGAGGUGGUGGUGGACUGGUGGUCUUGACUGAGCAAAAUUUGUUCUGUAGUUUGAAAAUGAAGAAAGGAUUGCACCCUCAGAUGCAAUGGAUAUCCUAUGUAACCCAAAGUGGUAGGUUGAUUAAUGUCAUGAUGAGUAAAAUCCACCGAGAACCCAAAGUUUAUCACUUCAGAGCAAAACGUCAGAUGGCUCAAAGCUUGGGGCAGAUUGCCAAGUUCAAGCGCCGUUAUGAGCAGGAGCCGAAGGAUGAGGUUAACAAGGAAGAAAAAUAAGGCCUCUAGUUUUAUGUUGACUAUCUCAGUUUCUAUCUGCUGAAAUAAAUUUUUUGCUGCAUUAUUUGACAUGAAUUUAGGUGCUUAUUUAGAAGGUUUCAAUUUAUUUUGAUUCUUGUUAUUUGCUUCUUUAUUGGGUUUUAGCACAAUAUCUUGAGGAUAUCACUUCAAAUGUCAAUAUUGUUAUACUUGGACAAAUGAGGAGAACUAUAUCACUUCAGAUAUCAAUAUUGUUAUAUUUGGACAAAAUCAGGAGAAAUUUAAUGCGUGAGAAAAACAUCCGGAUACUGCGGAUCUGCAGGCAUUUGGUUGAUUACCUGCAUCAA